GCGCCUCGCAUCUGCGCCAAACGCGUCGCCUGGACCGGGUAGGUGCCGCGGUUGUCAUUUUUAAUACCCCGUUUUAGACGGGAAACGUUUUUUUUUUUUGGGGUGGGCUGCAUGCGAAAAUGCCGUGUUUGAUGUCGUGCGACGCGCAGACCGUCACGUGUCACGUUCAUGCACGAGGAACGGGGACGUUUCCCUGAUGAUGAUGAUGAUGAUGAUGAUGAUGCACAUAUCUACUGUAUCUAUGCUGCAUGCUUAUUCCUUAUUCGUCCGCAUGCGCGUGUGUGACACGCAGUGGGCAUGUUCGAGCGCGAUGCAGCCGUGCAUGCCUUCCGCAUCUCAGGGUGGACGCUAACUACGAACAGGGACACACGGGCAUCAUAUGGAUGCGGCACGGCAGUCCAAACGCAAACUCUGAGCCGCCUGCAGGACACUCCUUUAUGAUCUGGAUUAUUAUUAUUAAUAAUAUUAGUCAUAUUAUUAUUAUUAUUAUUAUUCUAAGUGCAAAGAGCAAGAGGAGCUGCAUGCACGCUGACCUCCAAGGGCAUCAUCUGAAUGGAAACAUGGACACCUUCAAUGGAGGGACUUUGACUCAUCAUGUCCAGCAACUAUGAGCAGCAGCAUCCUGGUCACUCAGUAGGGAUGUUGGCCGCCGUGGAACAUGGUCCCAUCCUGUGCAGCGACUCCAACAUCCUAUGCCUGUCGUGGAAGGGCCGCGUGCCCAAGAGCGAGAAGGACAAGCCGGUGUGUCGCCGCCGCUACUACGAGGAGGGCUGGCUGGCCACGGGCAACGGGAGGGGCGUGGUGGGCGUGACCUUCACGUCCAGCCACUGCCGGAGGGACAGGAGCACGCCGCAGAGGAUCAACUUUAACCUGCGAGGACACAACAGUGAGGUGGUGUUGGUCCGCUGGAACGAACCCUUCCAAAAACUGGCCACGUGCGACAUGGAAGGAGGGAUCUUCGUGUGGAUUCAGUACGAAGGACGGUGGUCCGUGGAGUUGGUCAACGACAGAGGAGCUCAAGUGAGCGACUUCACGUGGUCCCACGACGGCACUCAGGCGCUCAUCGCCUACAGGGACGGCUUCGUGCUGGUGGGCUCGGUCAGCGGUCAGCGCCACUGGUCCUCCGAGAUCAACCUGGAGAGUCAGAUCACCUGCGGCAUCUGGACGCCUGACGACCAGCAGGUGCUGUUCGGGACCGCCGACGGUCAGGUGAUCGUGAUGGACUGUCACGGACGCAUGCUGGCACACGUGCUGCUGCACGAGUCGGACGGCAUCGUGGGGAUGUCGUGGAACUGCCCCGACUUCCUCGUGGAGGACAGCACGGAGAGCGACACCGACUCCGACGACAACUUCCUGCCUUUAGUGCGGCGAGUCAAGCCGUUGCUGACGGUCACCUUCAUAUCGGGGGAGAUCAGCCUCAUGAGCAACUACGACGACCUGUCUCCGGGCGUCAUUCGCUCAGGGUUGAAAGACGUGGAGGCCCAGUGGUGCUCCCAGGGCGACCUCCUGGCCGUAGCCGGCAUGGAGAGACACGGGCUGGCCUCCGACUCGGCCGUGACCAGGAACGCCCUGGUUAAGUUCUACAACGUCCAAGGAGAACACAUCUACACUUUGGAGACACCGGCGCAGAGGCCCAUCACGACGAUCUGCUGGGGCCACCGCGACUCGCGUCUGUUCCUGGCGUGCGGGCCGGCGCUGUACGUGGUGCGCGUGGAGCACCGCGUGGCCAGCCUGCAGCUGCUAUGCCAGCAGGGCAUCGCCAGCGCCCUGAGAGAGGAGAAGGACGUGGGCAAGCUGAACAUGCCCUCGCUGCUGUGCUCUUACGUCACCAGCGCGUUCAUCCCCACCAUUAAGCCUCCGAUUCCGGACAUCAACAACAUCCGUGACUUUGUCAGCUAUCCAACUACCGGUAACGAGCGUCUCCACUGCACCAUGAAGCGGGCGGAAGACAGCCCUGAGGCGGGGGGGCCCUGCUACACCCUCUACUUGGAGUACUUGGGAGGACUGGUGCCCAUCCUUAAAGGGAGGCGCAUCAGUAAAUUACGACCCGAGUUUGUCAUCAUGGACCCGAAAACUGACAGCAAAGCAGAGGAGGUGUGCGUGAACCCGAUGAUCUCGUACGCCGACAGCUGCAACUGCUCCGACUCCAGCGACAUCGAGCUGAGCGACGAAUGGGUUGGAAAAAAGUCGCCGAAGUUCUCCCGAGGAAACAGAAUGAACUUGGACUCGAGAAAAUCUCCGAAACUUUCACGCGCUACCCAGGAGGGCCAAAGGUCACCACGCCUACCGACAAAGAAGCCUCCAGUUCGGUCCCCGAGUCUGACUCGUCGAGAAUUUUCCAUGGAUGGACUCACCGAGCACAACUACCUCGCACAGGUCACAUCCAACAUCUGGGGGACAAAGUUCAAAAUUGUCGGACUUGCUUCAUUCCUUCCCGCCAAUCUGGGUGCAGUCAUCUACAAGACUAGUUUGCUUCAUUUGCAACCGAGGCAGAUGACGAUUUACCUCCCUGAGGUCCGCAAGAUAUCACAUGACUUCAUGAGCCUGCCCGUCUUCAACCCCAACGUGUUCAGCGAGGACGAGGACGACUUACCAGUGAUGGGCUCUUCCGGAGUGUCAGGAGACAAUCCGCCGUGCACGGUCAACAUUCCCAUCGCGCCCAUCCACAGCCCGGCUCAGGCUAUAUCGCCCACUCAGAGCAUCGGGCUGGUCCAGUCUCUUCUGGCCAAUCAGAACAUCCAGCUCGAUGUCCUCACCAACCCGACGGCCAAUGCGGCAGCAGCGGCGGCUGCGGCAGCCGCAGUCCCCGUUUCCGACCACAGCCAGGAUCCGGUUCCCGCACCAUACCCGGUUCCAGCCAGAUACACAAACCCAGGGCAGGUGAUCUUCAACGGGCUGGACAUGGGUCCGCUUCUUCCUGGUACGCUGCCUCCGCCGCCUCCACCUCACCAUCUCCCACCGCAGCCCCGGUCUCAGCCGCCUCGGCAGCCGCCGUCCAAGCAGUCGCAACCGUUGCAAGUCCAGCAUCAGCCGCAGAAAAUGCACCACCACCACACGCAGCUUCAGCAGCUGCACCACCAGCAGCCUCCGCAUCAGCAGCAGCACCAAGUCCAGCAGCACCAACAAAUACAGGACAAUCCACCGCAGGCGGCGGGCCACCAGCUCCAGCAGCAGCAGCAAAUCCAGCAGCAGCAGCAGCAGAUGCAGCUGCAGCACGAGCAGAUGCAGCAGCAGCAGCAGCAGAUGCAGCAGCAGCAGCAGCAGAUCCGCCAGCAGAUCCAGGAGAUGAGGCAGCAGCAGCAGCAGCUUCAGCAGCAGCACCAGCAGAUCCAGCAGCAACACCAGCAGAUGCAGAGGCAGCACCAGCAGAUGCAGCAGCAGCUGAAGAUGCAGAUGACGCUGCCGCCGCCCCCGUCUGGCUACCCGACUAUUUCCCUGCAGCAGAUCCACCUCCUCCCGCCGAUGCCUCCUCCUCCCACCGCAGAUCCAGGAUUGGAUCGGGAACAUGGGCACAUGCUGAAGCCAAGCCUGCCCCGGACAUUACCGCCCUCCUUCAGUACCAGAGAUGGCUCUGUGGAGAUCCAAGUGAGGAAGGUGAACCCACCUCCUCCGUACCCGGGAACCGUGGCGUCUGCUGCCGUGGCGGCGGCUGCGGCGGCGGCUGCGGCGGCGGCCACAGCGGAGUCGACUCCUCCAACGCUAGUCACAAACUGCGACAGUCCGAGCAUUUUGGCGCCCGAGUCCUGUCUGAAGAAAGACGACUUUCUGCUUCAGCCUGUGACCCUACAGUACCCGACACCGCUGGGCUAUGAAAGGAUCACCACCUUUGACAGCAGCGGCAACGUGGAGGAGGUCUGCCGCCCUCGAAGGCGCCUCAUGCGGAACCAAAACGCCUACGCCGCUCAUGGCUCCGCCACAUUAAAGGUCACCUCUUCUGAGAGUAAAAAGAUUCACCUUCCUUACAGCUCGGCGACACUGAGCCGCCUUUCAGUCCCUCGGUACUCAAUACCAAGCGGAGACCCGCCUCCUUAUCCGGAGCCGGCCAAUCAGGUCGCCGCCACGCUGUCUCCUCCACAGAGAAUGGAAAGCAGCCUAAUCCACGCCACUCUUCGCCGCGACCGCAGGGACGUGACGCUUAAAGUUCCCCCGAUGAUGGACAGCUCACGGACCCUUCCCACCAAAGCCAAGAUGAACGGUGCGUUGGGUGUAACGUACCAGCAGAGGGCGCCCACGGCGCUGUACACGUGCACGCAGUGUAGCAGCAACAGCAGCAGCACCAGCGUCAGCGUGAGUGGCGGCGGGACGUCCAGUAGCGGCAUCGCGGGCGGAACAGUGGUGAGGCAGGACUUCCCGCCCGGUAAAGGAUCACAUCACAGUACCAUCAUCGUGCACGCCAAAAGUGCCUCGCAGUCGUCCUACAGUCUGCUAGGUUCUGUUGAUAGCAGCCGGGAUCGAACGGUGUACGUUAACUCCGCCUUCACCGAGGACGAGACUUUAAGUCAGCACUGUCACAUCGACAAAUCGGUCCGGCAGAUGACGCUCGGUGAUUUGACGGCUAAGCGUCCCCCGCCUUACCAGUGGGACACCACGGCCACAGAUGAGUUCUGGCUAUCUCCAGAACAAACCAUGUUGACCCCCCCGCCGGGACCUCAUAAACCGCCCUCUCUCAUCAUUGGCCAAGCGCAGCACUUGGACGUGAGUCGACUUCCUUUCGUACUCACGACCAAACCUCCGUCCAGUCCCAGCACGAGUACGCUAACAUUCCCAUCGGGGUACCAGAUAUCGCUCUCUCCCUUUCCCCCGGGUGUGGGCCACAGCAGACCCCCGCUCCAGACCUUACAAAGCCCCCCGAGUGAAGUGGUUCUCCCCGUCCCGUUCGCUCAGCCGGACUCCAAUUUGGUUUUGUCAACAGGCUACUCUGCAAGUUUGGCUAACUUGGCGUGCUGUACCCUCCCCCCCAUGUACCCAGGAGCCAGCUCCUGUGCUGGACUCCAGCUGCACCCGGUCAACCUGCACCCUUGGAACCCGUACCCAUGCCCGCCCCCCAUGCAAGACCCUCCCGCACCUCCUCUCCCAACCAAAACUCAUCAGGUGCUAGAGAAGCCGAUUCUCUCGCCGCCACCUCCGACCGCACCACCUCCUCCGCCCCCUUUGCCACCCCCGCCGCCCCCCACGGAGCUACCGCCCUCUAAAUGUGCCACAGAAGAUCUAGCGGAGUCGGCUAACAGCUUUCCAGAGCCAUCGUCCUUACAUGAAAGCCCGCAGGAGUCGGACCGCUUCAACAAAAAGAGCCGUAAAAGACUCGACAGUCGAGCCGAGGAGGCCAACAUGUCCUCGGUUUCUGAGGGAAGGUCCAGAAAGGAAGGUCGUACCCUUUCAGAUUUUAACUCUCUGAUCGCCAGCCCACGGAUGGGCAGCCGAGAGAAGAAGAAGCCAAAGGGUCCCAGGGAGCAGCUCAACAGAACGAAGAAGAUGAGCCGGGCGGCCAACGAGUUCCAGGACAGCUCGGAGAGCGAGCCGGAGCUCUUCAUCAGCGGCGACGAGCUCAUGAACCAGAACCAAAGCAGCAAGAAGAGCUGGAAGAACAAGCGGAGCCUGCGGCUGGCCAGCGAGCUGGAGGAGAUCAAGUGCCGUAAGGCCAAUGAGCGCGAGGACCGCAGUUUGGGCAGCCAGGGUUUCGUCUAUGUCAUGGCCAACAAGCAGCCGCUGUGGAAUGAGGCCACCCAGGUCUACCAGCUGGACUUUGGAGGACGCGUCACGCAGGAGUCGGCAAAGAAUUUCCAGAUAGAGCUGGAUGGUCGACAGGUCAUGCAAUUCGGACGGAUCGACGGCAACGCUUACAUCCUGGAUUUCCAGUAUCCGUUCUCGGCGGUGCAGGCGUUUGCUGUCGCUUUGGCUAACGUGACUCAGCGGCUGAAGUGAAAGCGUGCAUUUUUACGAUAAAUAUGUGCGCCAUUUUUGUUUGCAUUUUCGGUGUCAUUUGUAAUCAUUGAAAAAAAAAAAAAAAAAAAAGCACUUUUAUGUUGAACUUUGAAGCUUAUAUCGAUGCCAAUAAGUAAAGUUUACAGAAGGAUACAGAAUUUGAGCAAGAAAUCAAAUAUUAUAUUAAGGAGUUUUAUUUGAAUAUUAAAUUCAAAAUAAUUGCUAGCGGGAAUGUAUCGCGUGAGAGCUUGCUUAUUUUUUUUUAAUCCAUAAAAUGGUGCACACACACAUUUUUUUUUUUAGUUUUGUGCCAUAGUAUAAGACAGGGGUGGGCAAACUGGAGAAAACCGACGGGGAGACCGUGCAAACUGAGAUGGCAGAGGGUGGAAUUGAACUCCGUUCUCCAAGCUGAGAGGCCUGUGCAGCCCUUGUAUUAAUCAUUUCAAAGAUAACAAGCAAUUUAAAAAAAAAAAAAUUGCAUCGUCGCAUUGAAAUAAAAGUAGAUCGGGCAUGCCCAUAUAAGGAAGUCCGGGUUGCAGUGGAACUGUUUAGAUAUCAGGGGUGGGCAAACUUUUUGGCUCGCGGGCCGCAUUGCUAUAACAAAA